CUGACAUUCUUGAUGGAUCCCUGGAUUGCACUGUACAGUGAAAUUCCAGGCCUCUGUAUCUCUGUAGCUGCAUUUCUACAUUACUUUCUCCUCGUUUCCAUCACUUGGAUGGGUCUUGAAGCUUUCCACAUGUAUCUGUCUCUAGUAAAAGUCUUCAACACCUAUAUACGGAAAUACAUAUUGAAGUUUUGCAUCAUUGGUUGGGGAGCUCCUGCCGUAGUGGUGGCAAUUAUCCUUGCCGUUAACAAAGAUUUGUAUGAGCUUCACAAAAGUGCUCCAUAUCCUAAUGGGGCAUCAGAUUAUUUG